UAGGUUUCUCUCUAAUCAAGGAAAAAAGUUUUGUCACAAGUUUUGACUCUUUCUGUCCAUCUCUAACCAAGAGCCAAAGCCUUAAAUAAACGAGACUCAUUCAUUCCGUGGUUCACGAGUAAGUAAACUCUCCAACCCUUUCAUAUUCUAAUUCUUCUUCUUUUGCUGCAAAAAAGUCUCUAAAAUCACCGAAACGAUUACAAAAGAAACCGCCCCCAACAAACUCAUAUAUACAACAAACUCUUCUCAUUCCUCUCAUGGAAGUUCAAUCAGAAUCUCGUUACAUCAACAGAGAUAAGAUAACUUCAAAUCCAAUCAAAAUGGAUAGUUCUAUGGCCGUGCCUAUGCCUUCAACAAUGUAUGAAUCUUUCUCACCUUUUCUUCAAUUACCUUUCUAUCAACAAAUCUCAACGUAUCAACCUGAUACUACUGUUACCGUUCGUAUUUCUGAUUCAAGGAAACGAUUCAGAGACUCCACAACCGAAUCAAACGCUCUUCAUCUUCCGCAGAAAAUCAAACUGUCAAAUCAAUCCAAAAUUCUUGACCAAGACAUUCUCCUUCUUUACAAUUCACAACAAUCCGAAAUCAAUUGUUUAAUUGAACAACACACGGAGAAUUUGAGAACGGCAAUAGAAAAUCAAAGAAUGAAGCAAAAAAGAAUGUUAGAGUUUGUAAUCCACGAGUCAAUGGUGAAGAAACUGAAGCAGAAAGACGAAGAGAUCGAAGACCUUGGAAAACUGCAGUUAAUGCUUCAAGAAAGAGUGAAAACGUUAAUAAUGGAGAAUCAGAUUUGGAGAGAGAUGGCGAUGACAAACGAAACUGCUGUAAAUACGUUACGAAUCGAAUUAGAAAAAGUGAUGCAAGUUAGCGAGAUCCACCAACUCCACCACCGUAACGGUUGCGAGGACGCGGAGGAUGCGGAAUCUAGUUGUAGGAGUAACUGCCACGUGGAGGUUGAGGAAGAAGUGGCGGGAAAAUGGAUGUGCAAGCAAUGUGGGGUAAAUAGGUCAGAAGUGCUUUUACUACCGUGUAGGCAUUUGUGUUUAUGUACAAUUUGUGGGUCCAGUAUUUUCAAUUGCCCUCUUUGUUGUUCUGCUGUUAAUGCUAGUGUUCAGGUUAAUUUCUGUUAGUAUCAUUUUUUUUGUUAGGGAAACUUUUUGAAGUUUUGAAUCAUGGUUUUGAUUUAGUCUUUUAUA